AUGCUGCUGGUAAAGCUGCCUCAGAUCUUCAGGGUCCACAAGAUCUUCUGGGAGAGUGGGAUCAUGUCAGGAUAGCGGCACCCCAAGAGCUCAGCCCAUGGCUGUGCCCUCAGCUCCUUCUAGAUGAAGAACGAGACAGGCAUCUGGGCACACUUCCUGCUGACCUGUUGGGGAUGGGACAGGGAUGGAGACGAGGAUGGGAAUAGGAGUCACCCUCAGCCCCUGCUCGUCUACCUGCUGCUCUGCCUCUACCCCUUCCUCUCCAGCUGCACCCACGCCUUCAGCUCCAUUGCCUCCACGAUGGUGAACUACUGA